AUGGGAAUCGAAGAAUUCAAGUUUCCAUUCUCUCCGUACACUGUCCAGGUGCAACUUAUGACAGCCGUGUACGGGGCCCUAUGUGACGGCGCAGUCGGGAUCUUCGAGAGCCCCACUGGAACAGGAAAGUCAAUGAGUCUCAUUUGCAGCAGCUUGAGGUGGCUGAAAGAGAAUCCUGUCUACGUUAAGGAAGACACGACACACAUGGGCUUGAAAGAUGACGACGUCCCAGAUUGGGUACUCGAACACACACGGAAGAGAGAAAAGCAAGAGAGAGAUAUGGCGAUCAGUAUGGAGAAGGAUCGGCUAGACACAGCCAGAAAGCGCAUGGCUGAUGACGCAAGAGAAAGAUCUAUGCAUCGAUCCAAAGACCACAAAGCAUCGAAACCUACAUUUCAUUCCAAGAGAUCAAGUGGUGGUUCAGGGGACAGCUCAAAGGCAAACGAUCAUAACAAGGAUGAUGUCAAGUUGCUGCUCUCAGAUGAAGAAAACGAUGAUCAGAAGAUACUUCGAUCGGCCCUGGAUUCGCUUUUUCAAAAACCGGAGAAUGAGGAUCGGCUGGAAGAUGAAUACGACGUCAGGAAGGUCAUCUACUGCAGUAGGACACACUCGCAGCUGUCGCAAUUUAUGAAUGAGGUCAAAAGAACUCAAUGGGGUAAGGACUUGAAAGCUGUUUCGCUAGCAUCUCGGAAAGGAAUGUGCAUAAACCCGAAGGUAUCUAGUUUGAAGUCAAGCACAAGGAUCAAUGCAGCUUGCCUGGAUUUACAGAAAGGCGUCGAGGAUACAGAGUCAAACAUUGAGGAUGCUCCGUCUGCAUUGAAAGCGAAGAAGAAGAAAUCAAACUGUCCAUUUUAUGACCAGGAUCGUCAGCUAGAUCUGCGUGACAUGAUCUUGGCAAGAGUUCAAGACAUCGAGGACAUCGUAGAAAAUGGCAAGAAAGUGCAAUGCUGUCCUUACUACGCAUCUAGGGCAGCAAUCCGAGCAGCUGAGCUGGUGACGAUCCCUUAUACUUCGUUGGUUCAUAAGGCGACUAGAGAAGCGCUGGGGUUGAAACUGGAAGGGAAUGUUGUAAUAAUCGAUGAAGCUCACAAUUUGAUCGAGGCAGUAACGACUACGCACAGCUCGACGUUGUCCUACUCCGCCAUCACACUCCUCAAGUCGCUGUUCUCAGACUACUUGGAGAGAUUCUGCACACGUUUGUCGGCAAAGAACGCAGAGAAUGUGAGGCUGAUCAUAUUGGUUCUGAAGAAAUUGGAUCAGUAUAUGAUCGACAGUGAGUCAAAAGGAUCUGAGAAAGGAUCGUUGAAGAAAACUUCGGGGGAGGGGAAGCCAGUGGUUGGCAAAACUGUAUCAGUUGCAGAAUUUUGUAUCAUGGCAGGCAUCGAUAAUGUAAAUUUUUUCCAGUUGCUGCGAUAUUUCGACAAGUCAAAAAUAUUGCAGAAACUGCAUGGAUUCUAUGAAAAGCGGCUGGCCGAAUAUCAUGAGAAGGCUGGAUUUGAUGGCGAAGAUGAGCUUGAUGAAGCGACGGGCAAACUGAGUCUGUCGUACCAGCUGCUGAAUGCAUCGACUCACUUCAAGGAGAUCUUGCAGCAGGCUCAUUCGGUCGUGCUCGCUGGAGGCACCAUGCAGCCAAUGGCGGAGUAUGUUCAACAGCUCAUGCCAUCCAUUCAGCCUUCACGUUUCCGCACGCUAUCAGUCGGGCAUGUCAUCCCCAAAGAGAACAUCUUGCCGCUCACAGUAUCCACUGGACCGACGGGCCUCAAGUUUGACUUUCGCCACGGAACAAGAUCAGAUCCAACGCAAAAAUCAGAGAUUGGAAGACUGAUCGUCAACAUUUGUGGGUUGACUCCAGAUGGAAUCGUGGUUUUCCUUCCAUCUUACAGUUACGAGGAAGAGCUUUGGACGUACUGGACCACGGAGGGGUUGGUGGAUAAGAUCGCGAAGAAGAAAAAGAUUUUUCGUGAGCCCAGGUCGAGUGGAGAGGUAGAAGCUGUCCUCAGACAAUACGAGGAGUGCAUUCGAACCCAAGGCACCGAGAAUACUAGCCCGAAGGAUUCGUCAUGUAUGGUUGAUACUCGGAUAUUGAACAGGGUGACCGAUCGGUUUCCAGUGACAGGAGCAAUCCUACUAUGUGUAGUCGGAGGAAAGUUAAGCGAAGGGAUCAACUUCAGUGACGAGCUUGGCCGAUGUGUCAUUGUGGUAGGGUUGCCGUUUGCAAACAGGGGAGACCCACGGCUGCUGGAGAAGAUCAAGUAUGUCGAGAGUCUGCCGCCAGUGACAGAACUUGUGGGCGAGGAUUCCAAAUCCUCUCCGACACUGACGGGGGCCAAGGCUGGACAGGCGUACUAUCAGAAUAUGUGCAUGAAGGCAGUCAAUCAGUGCAUCGGACGAGCGAUCCGCCACAUCGCCGACUACGCUGCCAUUCUGCUUGUAGAUUCGCGCUACGAGGGCUCCAACGUCAGAUGCAAGAUCACUUCCUGGAUUCGCGAUAAGCUCACUGCUGAUUCUCCCACGAGCUUCGGCCCCUGCUACCAGGCACUUGCCAAGUUUUUCAAGAGUAAGUGCUGCCAGUGUCCGAAAGGCUCCGUCCUCUAA